GAACUUCCCUGUAAUUUGAAGUUUUAUCCCUGCAUUUGAUUGUGAAAUACAUAUGGGUACACAGAGAAGAAACGUUACACAGAUAUCUCUCCCAAUGUGUUACAUGCGAUUCAUGAUGCGUCGCGGUGCAUCUAAACGACAUAUCAUACCGUUUUACUUGUUCUUACUUCUUUCUCAGCCCAGAAGACGCAAAAUGAAUAUAUAAAUAAGACUGAAUCGAUGACGCAGCAUGGUUUUGCCGGGCAGGCGGACGCGCGGCGGACUCGGAGGAGCGCUUAAUGGAGCAGCUUCUGCAUGAGGACCGCUACAACAAGCUGAUCCGACCGGCCAUCAACAGAACCGAGCGGGUCACCAUUAAACUCCUGGUGUCCCUGGCGCAGCUCAUUAGCGUGAACGAGAGGGAGCAGAUCAUGACCACCAACGUGUGGCUAACUCAGGAUUGGGUCGAUUACAGACUGUCAUGGGACCCCUCCAAAUACGACGGAAUUGACAAGCUGCGGAUUCCCUCUCGUCAUGUGUGGCUCCCUGAUAUAGUUCUGUAUAACAAUGCCGACGGUACCUAUGAGGUGACUGUCUUUACGAAUGUAAUCGUCUCUUUCAACGGUAGUGUUUCUUGGCUUCCACCUGUAAUCUACAAGAGCGCCUGCAAGAUUGAGGUGAAGCACUUCCCUUUCGAUCAGCAGAACUGCACCCUGAAGUUCCGGUCCUGGACGUAUGACCAUACUGAGAUCGACCUGGUGCUCAAGAGCAAAGUGGCCAGCAUGGAUGACUUCACGCCCAGUGGCGAGUGGGACAUCUUGGCUCUGCCAGGCAGGCGGACAGUCAACCCCACAGACCCCACCUAUGUAGACGUUACGUAUGACUUCAUGAUCAAAAGGAAGCCCCUGUUCUACACCAUCAACCUCAUCAUUCCCUGUAUCCUCAUAACCUCACUGUCCAUCCUGGUCUUCUACUUGCCCUCUGACUGUGGUGAGAAGAUGACCCUCUGCAUCUCCGUGCUGCUGGCACUCACUGUCUUCCUGUUGCUUAUCUCCAAGAUCGUCCCCCCAACCUCUCUGGAUGUGCCCCUGAUUGGCAAGUACCUGAUGUUCACGAUGGUCCUGGUGACCUUCUCCAUAAUCACGAGUGUGUGUGUGCUUAACGUGCACCACCGCUCCCCCAGUACACACACCAUGCCCUCAUGGGUCCAGCUGCUCUUCCUGGUCAAGCUCCCUGCUUUGCUUUUCAUGAGGCGUCCAGAGAACUUCUCGGCCCGACAGCGUUUCCGACAGCAGCGGCAGCUCCGGGCGUCCAGGGCAGGGAUGAGCUACCAUGCUGGUCCCUCCUCCAGCAUCUCCUCCUCCACCCCUGCCUUUCUCCACUCACAUACCCUGGGGGAGUUUUACAGCAGAGCCCCUACUAGCCUCAGUCAGACGCUGAGAAAGGGUGACCUGCAUUCAGUAGAGUUCCUGACCAGUAGGUUUGCUGACUCCCAGGACUGGGGACAUGACCUGCAGGAGGCUGUCCAGGGGGUGUGCUUUGUUGCAGAUCACAUGAUGGGUACCGACAAUGACCAGAGUGUGAUUGAUGACUGGAAGUACGUGGCCAUGGUGGUGGACAGGUUGUUCCUCUGGAUCUUCAUCAUCGUCUGUGUGGUGGGAACCGUGGGCCUUUUCCUGCAGCCGCUCUUUCAGAACCAAACCCCUCCCAUGCAACAAUCCAACAUGGAGAAGUCCAGAAGAGACCCCUUUUUAAUCUGAAAUGUUGAGCUGUUGCAGCAGUAAUCUUUUGAAGCAGGACGUUCUGUCUACAAGCAAGAGGUUAUGAUUGUAAUUCAGGAAACAGGACUAAUGGGCAUGCCGUUAUAAUACCAUUUACCCCACGUAUGAGCAGUUUUCUGUCUCCAGGCUGGCAUUUGGAUAAAUAUUAUUUUGAAGGCCAAAUGGAACAUGUCCGUGUUCUACAAAGGACCCUCUCAGUUUUACUUUAUGCAAUUAUCAUUCUCUCAUAAUUUUAUGAUUUAUGCAUAUCCCGAGUGUAGCUUCUGUUCACAUGAACAUCGUUACGAUUUGUAUUUACUCAGCUGGAAUUUAAUUGAAAAUCAUUUUUCACCCGCACUUGACUUCAGAAAAAUAAAAUGUGUGCACUGUGAUGGAUAACAGGAUGCUCCUCUGGGAAUUAAUCUUGGUGUGUGAAACCCAAGGACUUGGGGCCUCUGCCUUCAGCACCCCCUACUGGGAGAAACCUUGUAAAACAUGUUGUCUGAAAUACCUCAGUACCAGUUAAAUGGAUCAUGUACUCGGUCAUUUAACAAAUAUCAUUAUGCAACAGUAGGAACAGUUGU